AACUACUUUCCCAGUUCUCUCCUCUACACAAGAGAGGGCGAGACUAGGGAGCCCGAGAGAGAACCAUUCUCUGAUUUUCAAGAGGAAAAUGUUGGUACUCAUGUAAUUGCAGUACAGGGAGUUAGCAUAAAAUUCAUUCUCCAACACACUCUCUCUCUGUCUCUCUGUCUUUCUCUCAAUUCCGAAGGAGAUAGCGAGCUGAACUUCACAUCCUUCAUAACACCGACACUAAAGAUAAGAAGAAGAAGAAGAACGAGAAGAAGAAAAUGGAGGGAGAGAAAGUGUGGGACACAGCGCAGGUGAUGAGUCGGAACAUGAGCAGAAGCUCCAGUAGACGGAGCACGAGUAGGCGGCACUGGAGCGUGGAGGACGUGUUCGUCGGUUCGGCGAGGUCCAGACAGAGCGCUCGCGCCGACGAAGACGAGGAAGCUCUCCGGUGGGCUGCGUUGGAGAAGCUGCCCACCUACGAUCGCCUCAGAACUAGCAUCUUCAAAUCUUUCAUGGACAAUAAUGGGGUCCCACCUGCGGCGGCUAAUAACACUACCGCCAAACUGGUGCACAUGAAGGAAGUUGAUGUCAGGAAGCUCGACGUCAACGACCGCCAAGAGUUCAUCGAUCGGAUUUUUAGGGUUGCAGAGGAGGAUAACGAGAAGUUCUUGAGAAAGUUCAGAAAUAGGAUUGAUAAGGUGGGGAUACAACUUCCAACGGUGGAAGUGAGGUUUGAGCAUUUGACGGUGGAAGCAGAUUGCUACAUAGGGAACAGAGCACUUCCAACCCUCCCAAACGCAGCCCGCAACAUUGCAGAGUCAGCUCUUGGCUGCCUCGGCAUCUCCUUGGCCAAGAGCACCAAACUUACCAUCCUCAAAGAUGCCUCCGGCAUUAUCAAGCCCUCAAGAAUGACCUUGCUGCUGGGGCCACCGUCAUCCGGCAAGACGACCCUUUUGCUUGCAUUGGCCGCAAAGUUGGACCCAAGCCUGAAGGUUAGAGGAGAAAUAACUUACAACGGGCACGCACUCAACGAGUUUGUGCCGCAGAAGACAUCUGCUUAUAUUAGUCAAAAUGAUGUUCACGUCGGGGAAAUGACCGUUAAAGAAACCCUAGAUUUCUCUGCGAGGUGUCAAGGCGUCGGAUCUCGAUAUGAACUUCUGUCGGAGCUUGCAAGAAGAGAGAAAGAUGCAGGAAUUUUCCCGGAGCCAGAAGUCGAUCUCUUCAUGAAGGCAACAGCUAUGGAAGGGCUUGAGAGUAGUCUCAUCACUGACUACACUUUGAGGAUAUUGGGACUGGAUAUAUGCCGGGACACCAUCGUCGGAGACGAGAUGCAACGGGGGAUUUCCGGCGGCCAGAAAAAGCGAGUCACCACAGGAGAAAUGAUCGUUGGGCCAACGAAAACGUUACUCAUGGACGAGAUAUCAACGGGCCUAGAUAGUUCAACGACGUUUCAAAUAGUCAAGUGUUUGCAGCAAAUUGUUCACCUCACUGAAGCCACCAUUUUGAUGUCCCUCCUCCAGCCUGCUCCUGAGACCUUCGACCUCUUUGAUGACAUCAUCCUCCUCUCCGAAGGCCAAGUUGUAUAUCAAGGCCCUCGAGACCAAGUCCUCGACUUUUUCCAAACUUUCGGGUUUAAGUGCCCUGAGCGAAAGGGGACCGCCGAUUUCCUCCAAGAGGUUACCUCAAGGAAAGACCAAGAGCAGUAUUGGGCCGCCAGAACCAAACCGUACCGGUACGUACCAGUGGCCGAGUUCGCGGCCCGGUUCAAGCGGUUCCAUGUGGGUCUGCGGGUGGAAAACGAGCUCUCCCUCCCUUACGACAAGUCCAGGAGCCACAGGGCCGCCCUCGUCUUCAAGAAAUACUCCGUCCCCAAAGCGGAGCUUCUCCGGGCAACCUUUGACAAGGAAUGGCUGCUCAUCAAGCGAAACUCCUUCGUGUACGUCUUCAAGACGGUGCAGAUCAUUAUCGUCGCCGUCAUCGCCUCCACGGUGUUCUUGCGGACGGAGAUGCACACCAGAAACGAAGACGACGCCGCGCUCUACAUCGGCGCGCUCCUGUUCACCGUCGUCAUCAACAUGUUCAAUGGAUUCGCCGAGAUCUCCCUCACCAUUGCGAGACUUCCGGUGUUUUAUAAGCACAGAGACCUCCGAUUCCACCCCGCCUGGACCUUCACCCUCCCCAAUUUCCUACUACGAGUCCCAAUUUCCGUGUUCGAGUCCAUUGUUUGGAUUGUCAUGACGUAUUACACCAUUGGAUUCGCUCCUGAGGCUAGCAGGUUCUUCAAGCAACUGCUGCUAGUGUUUCUGGUGCAGCAAAUGGCUGCUGGGCUAUUUAGGCUCAUAGCUGGAGUGUGCAGGACUAUGAUCAUAGCCAACACUGGUGGAGCUCUCACUCUCCUCCUUGUCUUUCUGCUGGGAGGGUUUAUCGUUCCUCGAGGUGAAAUUCCCAAGUGGUGGGUGUGGGGAUACUGGAUUUCGCCUAUGACCUACGGCUAUAAUGCCAUAGCUGUGAAUGAGAUGUUUGCUCCGAGGUGGAUAAAUAGACUGGCUUCAGACAAUGUAACACAAUUGGGCGUGGCAGUGCUCAAGAACAUUGAUGUCUUCCAGGACAGGAACUGGUUUUGGAUUGGUUCUGCAGCUCUUGUGGGAUUCACAAUUCUCUUCAAUAUCCUCUUCACUCUGGCGCUUAUGUACCUAAACCCUUUUGGAAAGCCACAAGCAAUAAUAUCAGAAGAAGCUGCAAGCGAAAUGGAGGCUAACCAAGAAGAAACAAAUGGAGAGCCAAGACUAAAAGGAAAUAAGACAAAGAGAGAUGCAGUAGCUGAAUCAUUGUCUCGAUCAUUAUCUUCUUCGGAUGGAAACAACACAAGAGAAAUGGCAAUCACAAGAAUGAGUAGUAGAUCCAAUCCCAAUGGAUUGAGUAGAAAUGCUGACUCAGCUCUUGAGGCAGCAAAUGGGGUUGCUCCCAAGAGAGGAAUGGUUCUUCCCUUUACUCCCCUCUCCAUGUCCUUCGACACCGUAAAUUACUAUGUGGAUAUGCCCCCAGAAAUGAAGGAGCAAGGAGUAACAGAAGACAAGCUCCAAUUACUUCGGGGAGUAACCGGUGCAUUCAGGCCAGGUGUUCUGACUGCACUAAUGGGAGUAAGUGGAGCUGGAAAGACGACAUUGAUGGAUGUUUUAGCGGGAAGAAAGACUGGUGGUUACGUCGAGGGGGAUAUUAAGAUUUCUGGGUUCCCCAAGAAACAAGAAACUUUUGCAAGAAUUUCUGGGUAUUGUGAGCAAACUGAUAUCCACUCUCCCCAAGUCACUGUUCGUGAAUCAUUGAUCUACUCAGCUUUCCUUCGGCUUCCUAAAGAAGUCAGCAAUGACGAAAAAAUGAUUUUUGUGGAUGAAGUGAUGGAACUGGUUGAGCUUGACAAUCUCAAGGAUGCAAUAGUGGGGCUUCCUGGAAUUACGGGUUUGUCGACAGAACAGAGAAAGAGAUUGACAAUAGCAGUAGAGCUUGUUGCCAAUCCCUCGAUCAUUUUCAUGGAUGAACCAACUUCAGGCCUUGAUGCGAGGGCUGCAGCCAUUGUCAUGAGGACUGUGAGAAACACUGUGGAUACUGGAAGAACUGUUGUCUGCACAAUUCAUCAACCUAGUAUUGAUAUCUUUGAGGCCUUUGAUGAGCUGCUUCUGAUGAAAAGAGGAGGACAGGUGAUAUACUCAGGACCAUUGGGCCGGAAUUCCCACAAGAUAAUUGAAUAUUUUGAGUCAAUUCCUGGCAUACCAAAAAUUAAGGAGAAAUACAACCCGGCAACGUGGAUGCUGGAAGUGAGCUCAGUUGCAGCUGAAGCUCGGCUGGGAAUUGAUUUUGCCACACACUACAAAUCAUCCUCCCUGUUUCAAAGAAACAAGGCUCUAGUGAAGGAGUUGAGUACACCACCACCAGGAGCAAAAGACCUUUACUUUCCCUCUCAGUAUUCUCAAUCCACAUGGGGACAGUUCAAAGCCUGUCUUUGGAAGCAAUGGUGGACUUAUUGGAGGAGUCCUGAUUAUAACCUUGUUAGGUAUUUCUUCACCUUGGCUGCAGCCCUCAUGGUUGGGACAAUAUUCUGGAGGGUUGGCACUAAAAGGGGGACGUCAACUGAUUUAUCCAUGAUCAUUGGGGCCAUGUACGCUUCUGUUCUGUUUGUUGGAAUCAAUAAUUGCUCAACAGUUCAACCAAUUGUAGCUGUCGAAAGAACUGUAUUUUAUAGAGAAAGAGCUGCUGGGAUGUAUUCAGCAUUACCUUAUGCCAUUGCACAGGUAAUUGCAGAAAUACCUUAUGUGUUCGUCCAAACAACAUAUUAUACAGUCAUAGUGUAUGCUAUGGUGAGCUUCCAAUGGACGGCAGCCAAAUUCUUCUGGUUCUUCUUUGUCUCCUUCUUCUCCUUCCUCUAUUUCACAUACUAUGGAAUGAUGACAGUCUCCAUCACACCAAACCACCAAGUAGCAGCCAUUUUUGCAGCUGCUUUUUAUGCACUCUUCAAUCUUUUCUCUGGCUUCUUCAUACCCAGACCAAGGAUUCCCAAGUGGUGGAUUUGGUAUUACUGGAUUUGCCCUGUGGCAUGGACUGUUUAUGGAUUGAUUGUUUCACAAUAUGGUGACAUAGAGGAAACCAUAAAGGUGCCAGGUAUCGUGCCCGACCCGACUAUAAAAUGGUAUGUGGAGCACCAUUUUGGGUAUAGCUCGGAUUUCAUGGCACCGGUUGCUGUUGUUUUGGUUGCUUUUACAGCCUUCUUUGCGUUCAUGUAUGCCUACUGCAUUAAGGCACUGAACUUCCAAACAAGAUAGAAGAAAUUUAAUUUCUAUUAGUAAGAAUGGUUCUUUGUAAAUAUUUAUUUAAUUGAAGCCAUUAAUGAUCAUACGUAGAAAGGGUGAUAAUUGUUUAAGAACGAAUCUAGAGAUUUUAUCUUGUAGUUGGUAGGUUGUUUGAGGAGCCUUUUUUUUGGGUCUCUGUUUGCAACUGUAAAGAGGUCCUUGGAUCUAAGGGAAAUAUAUCAGUGCUCGCUGUUUUCACUUUA